AUGGAAGCAGCAUCUCCGCAAGGAAGGCGGACGCUGCAGCGAAUAAUAUCCAAAAAGGAGUCGGUUUUCGCGAAGUUCUCGCUGCUGCUGCAGCAGGAGCGGCGGCUGCAGCAGCAGCAGCAGCAGCAGCAGCAGCAGCAGCCGGACACUGCUGCGGUCGUUGCUGCGGACGCGGAAGUUGCUGCUCUGGCCAAGGAAGUGUGGGCUGCUGCUGAGGGCUGUUUGGGGGAAGUGAAGGCAGCAGAGCUGCUGCUGAGUUCGCGGGAAGCAGCGCAGCAGCAGGCGGUGCAGCACCUGCAGCAGCGCGCAGCAGCAGCAGCAGAAAUGCUGCAGCAGGCGCACAAAGACCUCGAAACUGCUGCGCAGCGCAUGCAAAAAGAGUUCACGGGCCUCGUGCUGCUGCUGCCCGAAAGCGUCGAAAACAUCUCCGGAGAAAAGAUUGCAAUGCAAGUCCUGGGGGAACUCCAGGACUUGCAACUUUUCAUGGAAAAAGUUCUAGAAGUUACUUUUAAAGAGUCCCAAACUCUGAACAAAACUAAGUCUUUUCCCUUUGCAUGCAGACUCGCUCGCGCGGUCUUCCAGGGGGCAGCGCGGGGUGUCAAGACACUCGCGGGAGCUGCUUCUCUCAAGGGCAGAUUUGUUCUUUACCAUUUGGUGGAGUCCGACAUUGCCCAGAGUGCAGACGCGCUGGCCCACGCGCAGCAGCAGCAGCAGCUGCUGCAGCAGCAGCUGCAGCAGCUGCAGCAGCAGCUGCAGCAGCCGGGCGCGCGCGAGGGCGCCGCCGCGCCCGCGGACCCGCAGCAGCAGCGGCUGCUGCAGCAGCAGCAGUACCUGCAGCGGCUCCUGCAGCAGCUGGAGGAGCUGCUGCAGACCGCCAGGGAAGCACAAACUGCAGCAAGCAGUGCCACGAGGCUGCAGGAGUUCGCAGAAGCAGGAACCGUGAUGCACAGAGCAGCAGCAGACGCGCAGCUGCUGCUGCUGCAGCACAAGGUCCAGGAGGAACUCAGUGGGGAAGCAGCAGAAGACACCUCGCAGCAGCUGCAGCAGCAGCAAGAAGACGACAACAUGCUCAAACUCAGUGACAUUGAGCCCAUCAUAACUCCCGAGUUCGUGCAGGGAUUGGUCCGCAGGCAGCAGGAGAAGCUGCUGAGGGAGCAGCAGCAGCUGAGGGAGCAGCAGCAGCAGCAGCAGGAAGAUGGUGAUGUUGACUUGAGACUUGAAGAUGCCUUCUCCAGUGAAGAUGGUGAUGACGAAGAAGAAUCCGACGAAGAAAACAGAACCUCCAUAUAG